UCCUAAUCAGUCUCCUGCUCCGAAGUAGACAUGGUGGACUGAUCCCAAGCAGGGCAGGGAGCAGGAUUUCCUGAACGCCGCCCCCCCCCCCCACCCCGGCUCCAACCUCCGUGUCGGGGUGCUCCCUCCAGUGCACCCCGCCUCCCUGUACCCCGCCCCUCCCGUGCACCCCGCCCCCCUGUACCCUGCCCCUCCCCGUGUCGUGCAGUGCCUUGUGGUGCCCUGCCCGCUGCCCGCGGGGCUCCGGGGCCGGGCUGUCGUUGUGUUCCCGCCCGGUGCCCCCUGCCCGGUCCCUAUGGAGGAGCUGUGCCCCGGGGGGGCCGCCGACGACCAUGCCUAGGAAAGCAGGGAAUGGGCAGCUGCCGCUCCCCCAGGGCUGGGAGGAGGCCAGGGACUACGACGGCAAGGUCUUCUACAUCGACCACAACACCAAGAAGACCAGCUGGAUCGACCCCCGGGACAGGUUAACCAAACCCCUCUCAUUUGCGGAUUGUGUUGGAGAUGAACUGCCAUGGGGGUGGGAAGCAGCCUUUGACCACCAGAUUGGUGUCUACUACAUUGACCACAUCAACAAAACCACACAGAUAGAAGAUCCCAGAAAACAAUGGAGGAGAGAGCAAGAGAGAAUGCUAAAAGACUACCUUAUGGUAGCGCAAGAUGCUCUCAGCACACAGAAGGAAUUGUACCAUGUGAAAGAGAAAAGGCUUGCUCUGGCUCUCGAUGAAUACAUGCGAUUAAAUGAUGCUUAUAAGGAGAAAUCCAGUUCCCGCACAAGCUUAUUUUCAGGAUCUUCAUCCAGCACUAAAUAUGACCCUGAUAUUCUGAAGGCAGAGAUCUCCACUAUACGGUUAAGGGUUAAAAAACUGAAGCGAGAACUUUCACAGAUGAAGCAAGAAUUACUGUACAAAGAACAAGGCUUUGAAACACUGCAACAAAUUGACCAGAAAAUGUCUGGAGACCAUAGUGGCUAUGAACUCAGUAAGGCCAAAGCUAUUCUAACUGAAAUGAAGUCCAUCAGAAAGGCCAUUAGCUCAGGAGAGAGAGAGAAACAAGAUCUAAUACAGAGUCUCGCUAAGCUGCAGGAGCGGCUUCAUUUGGACCAAAGCAUUGAGAGAUCUGAACCAGACUUAAGAACCAACUCUGUGAGCUCUCAUUUAUCUCUCUCCAGACAGACCCUCGAUGUUGGGUCUCAAACAGGCAUCUCUGGAGAUUUUGGAGCGAGAAGUAGAGCCAACUUAGCAGAAAAAGUCAGGUUAAGUCUACGAUAUGAAGAAGCCAAAAGAAGCAUGGCCAAUUUAAAAAUUGAACUAUCCAAGUUAGACAAUGAGCCCUGGCCUGGGGACUUGGAUGUCGAGAAGGAGAAACUGAUGUUGAUUAAUGAAAAAGAAGAAUUUUUGAAAGAGCUUCAGUUUGUUACACCUCAAAAACGUAGUCAGGGUGAAUUGGACUACUUAGAAGGCCAAAGGAAGCUUCUAGAGGAAGAGCUGCUGUCUGUGAAAAACACGCCCAGUCGAGCCCUUGCUGAGAGGCUCAAAUUGGAAGAGAAAAAAAAGGCACUGCUACAAAGACUUGAAGAAACUACAAAGUUAACUACUUAUUUGCAUUCACAGAUUAAAAGUCUCUCCGCCAGUACCUUGUCCAUGUCUUCAGGGAGCAGUCUGGGGUCAUUGGCAUCCAGUCGGGGGUCUCUGAACACCUCUAGCAGAGGGUCACUCAAUUCCCUCAGUUCCACAGAGCUCUAUUAUAACAACCAAGGGGAUCAAAUUCCAGACUUGGAGUAUCAGUAUAAACUGGACUUUCUAUUACAAGAAAAAAGUGGUUACAUUCCUUCUGGACCCAUUACCACCAUUCAUGAAAAUGAGGUGGUGAAGUCCCACAGCCAGCUGGGCUACAGUGACUCAUCGGGAUCCUCAGCAGCGGGCCAUGCUUCAAAAUUGACUGAGCCGCCCAAAUCUGUGACGUCCCUCUCCUCCAGAUCCUCCCUGUCCUCUCUGUCCCCUCCUGGUUCUCCUCUAGUUCUGGAAGGUACUUUUUCUAUGUCUGCCCAGGAUCCUCCUCUUCCCCAGAUCACCACAGACUUUGAAGACUGUGAAUUGACUAGCCAUUUUGCAGACAUUGGUCUUACUGAAAAUCAGAUGCUGCUGGACUCUGAUGCAAGAGCAACAUCACAGGCUCUUGCAGAGGACAAAGACAUUAAUGAAGGUGUAAGGCAGUCUUUAUCACCCUUACGUGAAGGAACAACAGGUAUUGAAGAGCAAUUACCAAGAAGGAUAGUAGGCCACUUACUUGAAGAGAAAACGGCCUGUGUGUCUGCUGCUGUGUCUGACGAGUCUGUGGCUGGAGACAGUGGUGUCUAUGAAGCAUCAGUAAAACAACCUGGUGAAAUUGAGGAUGUUCUCUAUUGUGAAGAUGAUUCUUUGAUUCUAGAGACUGCUCAAGUGCAGAUAGGACUAAGAUAUGAUGCUAAGAGUUCCAGUUUAAUGGUGAUUGUAGUACAACUUCGAAACCUUCAUGUCCUUUCCAUAUCUCAGAGCUCAAAAGUGUAUUUUAGGAUUACAGUCCUACCCCCCUCUGCAGACAUCAGCUGUCUUUUUCGCACAAAAGUCCAUCCUGCUGAAGAAUGCAUUUUGUUUAAUGAAAUAUUCAGAGUGGCCCUUUCCCCCGUGGCUCUGCAGCAGAAGACUCUAAGGGUGGAUGCCUGUUCUGUCAGCAAAGACCAACGGGAAGAAUGCCUGGCCGGAACUCAGAUCAGCCUAGCAGAUUUUCCCAUUGCAGAUGAUUUUUUCACUUUGUGGUAUAACUUGCUACCUUGCAAGCCAAUUCCUUACAGAAAAAAUGAAGAAGGAAGUGAAGGAGUUGAGUUUCACCAGAGCCAGCCUUCACUGGGCCCCUUAGACCUGGAUGCUGUGUCAGCUUUGCUAGAAAGAACAUCAGCUGAGUUACAAGCUGUAGAGAGAGAUUUGUCUCAAGAAGUGGAGGAAGAGGAAGAACCGAGGCAACAAAAAGAAUCAAGGAGUCUUGAUGAAUAUUGGUUAGAAAUGUUAACAGAGACCUCCAGUGAGCUCAUGGCCAAGGAAGAAGAGGAAACUAAGCUGUCAGAGGGGGAUGACUUUACAGAAGAACAUGGAUCAUGUACAAUUGUGCCUAAGCUGAAUGAGGAGGAGAGCAUAAAAGAAACCAGCCAUACCAAAGAACCUCGGACUCAGCUACCUCCUGUCGUGCCCAGCCUGGUUGAUAAAGAGACAAAUACCGAGGAAGCAUUUCAUGAAAAUAUGGCCGUCCGACCUAAGGAUCGUUCCAGUCUGAGCUCUCGGCAGCAUCCUUUUGUCAGAAACAGCAUGAUUGUGCGCUCCCAAACCUUUUCUCCAGGAGAGCGGAACCACUACAUCUGUAGGUUAAACCGAAGUGACAGUGACAGCUCCACGCUGGCUAGAAAAUCUCUCUUUGUGAGAAAUGCAACAGAACGCCGUAGCUUAAGGGUCAAGAGGACUAUUUGCCCACCAGUCCAUAGAAGAUCAGCACGGGAACACCCUCCUCGCACAUCUCUUGACUUAGAGCUGGAUCUUCAGGCUUCUUUGACACGGCAGAGCCGCUUGAAUGAUGAACUACAAGUCCUACGAGACUUGCGGCAGAAGCUUGAGGACAUGAAAGCCCAGGGAGAGAUGGCUCUUUCUGCUGAUGUGCUCGAGGAUGAGAGGUUUCAGAAGCUCUUGAAACAAGCUGAAAAACAGGCUGAACAAUCCAAGGAAGAACAGAAGCAAGAUUUGAAUGCUGAGAAACUAAUGAGGAAGGUCUCCAAGGAUGUGUGUCGGCUUCGGGAGCAGAGCCAGAAAAUACCCCUCCAGGUGCAAUCAUUCAGGGAGAAGAUGGCCUAUUUUACCAGAGCAAAGAUUAACAUCCCACCCUUGCCAGCCGAUGAUGUGUAAAUUAUAUAUUUUGAAUUAUUCUCCCCCCUGCUCACUCAGAGGCAGGUGAAAGGGGUGAACUUUUUUUUUUUUUUUGUAACCAGUUCUUCCAGAUCGUUUAUUUUGCAUCAGACUAUAGAUGUGCUUAUUUGUAAAAUACCAUGAAUUUAAUUGAGUGUUUUAAAAAAAAAAAAAAAAAGGAAAAAAAUUGAAUGUCCAAAAUGGAAUAAUUCUGGUACACAGAUGUUGUACAGUUUAGUGUGCAUCACAUGUGGGCUUUUAUUUUGUAAAGAUGGAGUACAGACAAAUACCCAGUGUGUAUCCUGUUGAACUGCACUGUUGAGAAAUACUAUAGUCAAAAGAUUUCUCUCUUCCCCUCUUUUCAUGUGAGUAGACUGUGAAGAUGGCAACUGUGCCAUGCAAUAUUUUUAUACAAGAAGAGUAUAACUCUUUAAGUUUGAAUUCAACAUGCAUCUAAUAAGCUUCUUUCCAGGGCUGUAAGGCCAUCCCAAACAGGUGCUGGGUUAAUUUCUAUUACUUAUAUUAGAACAUUUUGUUUCCUUAAAAAAAUUCCUUCUUUUUUUGGGCCUUUUAUAUUUGUCUAAGUAAAAUAGUUAACAUUUUAGUACUGAAUGCAGGAAUAAAUAUAACUGUGUGAAUGUACAGUACUUUUGGCUGCACUAAAGAUUUUGUAACUUGUUAUUUCAUCAAAGGGAGAAAGAUACUUAAAGAGGAUAGUAAAUAACUAAAAUUCAGGAAAAUAAAACCACCUGAUGGGCAGCUGCUUCUUAAAACUUGAGGGUGAAUUUACACAAGUGCUCACAGCUAGCACUUACUUUGAGGUGUAAUCACUUUUAGAGAUAUUAGUAAUGUUCUGCCACAAGCAUCAUAGUAUUACUGACUAGAAGAAUGAGGCGUGAUUUCAUUUACAAUGCCAUCAAAACUAGUGAGGCAGAGAAAAAUUACCAAAUAAAUUUUGUGAGAAAACCAGUGACCAAGUACCAGGAUAUCUUUCUUUUUGAGAUCUAAAUUAUGACUCAAAAGAAAAGCACUAUAUGCAGAAUUCAAACCAGCGCUUCAUGGACCAGAAUGUUUGAAAGUCUGAAGGGUUUUCUAAAAGAACAAUUGGCAGAAAUUCACCCCAACUAGUUGUAUUUCUUUCUGUAAAAGUAGUUUGCUUUUAAACUAGAUCCAGAUAAACAGGUAUCCAGAAAUAGAGUUGUUGGGUUUUCACAAUAGAACCUUUAACUUUACUUAAACCAGUUCCUUUUUAAAAGAAGCAAGUUCUUAAUAUAGCCAUUUCAGGGUCAAUAUUGUAAAUGACAGAGCUUUAAAAGAAAAACGCUAUAUGCAGUUGUAAAUUAAAUUAAUAUCAGCCUCUUUAUCAUCUACUCUCUUAAUUCUGAUGAAACAAUAUUUCAAUAACCUUUGUAUGAGAGGAACCUAAAUCAGUUUUAUUUGGGAUUUAAAAUCACAUUCAAGAAAAAGAAAUCACAUUCAGAGUGGUUUUGAACCAGUGUUUUUAUUCUUAAGCUAGAAUCCUUACACAAACAAGUAAUUUAUCUUGAAAAGAACUUUUUUUUUUUCUUUUUUAAUGUCACUAAAACAUCAAGGCCAGCAAAUUCUGUACCUAUAAUUUCUGUACAAAAAAACCACUUAGCCAUAUUUUUGAGCUGUUGAUGUACCAGUGCAUUCAAAGCAAAGCAAUGUGAAUUAUUAUUUUCAAAAGACAUAACUGGAUUGCUUUGAAUAAGUGAGUGAACCAAGAUUUUUCAAGGUUGCCCUCUUAAUUCUGUCUUUUUAAGAUGUAUGAAAACCAACAAAAAUAAAUACCAUUCAUCCUUGUAAGGUCAAAUGUGAACUGCAGAAGUUUUGAAGUUUAUUUAAUAUGAGGUUAAAUGAAGGUCGACUGUUUUCAACUUCUUAGUCUAUUUCUGUAAAAUGUGUCUAGAAUGAUGUGUAGUUGUGCUGUAUGAUUUUAUUUUCUUUAUUUAUUUACAGUCUUAUUUAUGUUCUGUUUAAUAUAGUUCAGUUCUGGUCAUUUAAAAUAUCUGACAUGAAAGAGGCCAUACUGGAUCAUAUUUAGCUUUAUGAGUCCUCCCAUAAUAGCUGUUAAUUAUAUAUAACUUUUUUAAAAAUUUGGAGGAAUAGUAAAGAAUAAAAACUAUCUCAGGCUAUUUGUUAAUAGAUAUGGCCAAGAUCAAAAUUUUUAAAAAAGAUUUUUAAAAAUUUACUCAUUUUAAAAAUGAAGAACAUUUUUAACAUGUCUCUUUUCCCUCACUUUGAAAAUCAGCCAUAAUGUUACAUACAUAACAUACAUAUUUAUGGGCAGCUUUUAACAAUUUUGUUAUUUUUGUACUAACCCAAAUUAUUCACAGUGAAAAAAAGUUAGUUAACUGAUCAAAAAUGGAUAAUUCAUGAAUUUUAAUCUUACAAAUAUUUUAAAAAUAGAAUUUACUCUUGAAAGAGUAUAACCAAUACAAUAUUUAGAUCUCCUGUUUCAAUUGUCAAUAUGUUAUUGCAGUUUUGCAUAUCAAACUCUUAAGUAUUACAUACACAAGAACAAUAUUGUUAUUAGCCAAAUGAACAAAGUUUAGCUGAAUUUUGUAAAUUACAAAUCAAGUAAUUUUAAAAAUCUUUUUUUUUUUUGCUAUUGCUUUAUCUAUACUGUAUUAAAUAUCAAAUGCUCAGGACUGAACUAAAUAUUUAAUCAGGUUAAAUUCUGAAUGUGUUUUCUGUUCUAAUUUGUCUUGUUUGUAAAAGUAUGCAAAUACAUCACAUAGAUUAACUUUUGUCUCUGCACUUUCCAUGUGUUUGUGAUUGGGGAAAAAAAUACAAUUUUUUAACAAAGAUA